UUCAUUCAUAAAGCAAAACCUCCCUCGGCAGCAAGCCACUCACUGUUCCUGGAUGAUAUUUGGAGUUCUACUACUCUGCUAGGCGUUGCCAGGGGGGGGGGGGGUCCUACAUGGUGCUGUGCGGCGAGGGCGACUGCAGCGUUUGCCUGCUGGCCUUCUCCCGGGCGGAGCGCGUCCCCCGGCUGCUGCACUGCCAGCACACCUUCUGCCAGGCCUGCCUGGAGGCCAUGGCGGCGCGCUCGGCACCGGGAGGAGUUGGGCCGGCGCUGAGUGUGCGCUGCCCACUGUGCCGCCGCGUCACCUGCGUGCGACGUGGCCUCAGCCUGCAGGAGGCGCUGUGGGUUGACAGCACGCUAUGGGAGCAGAUACCGAACGACCGAGAAGACGAUGAUGAUGGGGAAGGUGGGACCAAAGAGGAGGUGAGGGCGGCCAUGCCCCGAGCACAAUGCAAUUCCGCCAGACACAAGCUGAAGUUCCGCGUCUUCUUCCGCAAGUUUACACUGACCAAGAGGCCCAGAGAGCAGAUACUGCCCAGCAGUAAUGUGGAAAUGAAGUCGUGGCGCAGGCUCUCCAGCGAAGAGAUGUUAUGAUCCUGCCCCCCCUCCCAGCCCCCAACUGCCCCUUAUUUAUUCUGACUAUAGUUCUCCCAGCUGCUGCUGUGGGAUUUGGCUUAAUCGUGUCUAAAACACUUACAGAGACACCCCACCCCACCCCCCCACAAGGAACAGAUGGUUUCUCCUAAAAUUUGUUCAACACUAAAUAACACCAAUCCAUUUUUUAUUUAUGGUGACAAGCUAACUGUUAGCAUCAUAAGCAGCUUGACGGGACAACUGCUUGAAAGACUUCAGCACUUACCCUCUAUCCUGCACUAGAUUUAUCAAUUUUUUCAAUUUUAUGAUGAACAAAAUAGCGCAAAACAACAAAUGCAGCUUUACAGGACAACAAUCGCUCAGGACACCAGUCUGACUUUUUCCUAUUUUUCUUUUUUUUUUUUUGAGGGGGGGGGGGUUCACGUCGAAUGUUCAAUAAACAAUCACUUUUUUAUGACAAGAAAAAUAUCGUGCGAGUAUGUAAUUGUGGAUUUUCGGUUUUGGUAGCAUUAUACGUAGCUUUACAGGACAACAAUUAGCCUUAUAACACCAGUCCCUUCCAGCGAAUGCCUGGAAUUUGAAAUAAAAUUAUCCUUUUUUUUUUUUUUUUUUUUACUGCAAAGUAACUUUCAAUUGUGGUGUAUGAUACGCAGUUUUACGGGACAACAAUCAGCUUGUAUACAUCACCCCCCCGCCCGUCGAUGAUGACUGCUUCUUAAUAGCACAACGUCACACAACAGAAGCUUGCGACAAAAGACUCGCUGGAGCAUGAAAGAGGAUUAUAGAAAAGCAUUCAUCCAGCAUCUGGCCAAGAGUCUCCGUUGUGAAAUUAUGAAAAAACUGGAUCAUGACUUUCAUUAUUAAGCAAGCCAACAAAGAUUGAGUGGAGAUACAGGUCUCAGGUUUCGGGUCAACGGUUGAUGGUGCAAAUUUUGGCCGGGGGUGGUUUCCAAGUGGGAUGGUGCAAGAAAUCCGUUAGUUGGUGAUCCGGUUUGGUGUCGAGUCGUUGGAACAAGUCAGGUCAGGCUGUGAAAGCCACGCUGAGUAACUGUGACGGAUUGCCUUUCCUGUUUUGUUUUGGGGUUUUUUUUGUAUUAGUAAACUGUGGUUUCAACUAAGAUCUGGACAAAAGUCAGGAACAAGAUUUGGAUUCUGGAGCAGGUGUUGGACUAAAGUCUGGACUGAGGUAUGGACAGAAGUCUAGACCAAGACCUGGACAAAAGUCUGGAAAAGGUGUGGACCAAUGUUUGAACCAAAGUCCAGUCAAUUCUCUUGACAAAAGUCAGGACCAAGAUUUAGAUUGCAGACAAGGGUUGGACUUAAGUCUGGACACAUGUGUGGAUGGAAGUGUAUUCCAAGAACUGGACAAAAUCUUGAGCAAGACCUGCCCCAAUGUCUGAACCAAAAGUCUGGAGUUUCAUCUUGGCUAAGCUGUGGACAAACGUCUGGCCAAAAAUAGAGCUCGGAUCGGCCCAAAAUGUAGUCCAAGUUUGGACAGAAGCUUAGUCCAAGGUCUGAACAAAAUUUCUAGACAAAAGUCUGGUCUAAAGUUGUAUGUCAGAAUGACCACGAAGCCGCGUGGUGGUUGGCAAGACAUGUUUAAUGGAGACAUGCUCUUUACAGUUAGUGAGAGGAGAGCUGAGGUGGUCUCGGCCGCCUCGCUGCACAAUCAUCUCGACAACGCUAACAUACGUACGUUGACAUGUGGACACCAGGGUUCCUAUUCGCCAGGAAUAAAUACAAAGAACCAUCUGUAGAGUCCUCAUUCAAUGAAGAAGGAAAAAAAUUUAAAUAAAAGAAAGUGCUCAUCAGACAGUAAGGCUGCGUGUUGUCUUCUACAUUCUGGUUGUAAAAUAAUGAAGAUGAAAUGAUAAGCAGCAAAGUGACUGUGUGUGUUUUCCAAUGCCAAUGUGUCUUCCCUGACUUAAAUCUCAAAUUGAAUUUUUUAAAAAAUAAAAUAAAA